AUGACGUUCUGCUGCGGGUUCACAUUUGCGGCAUGGUUUGAAAUGUUCGUCUCAUUUGUUUGCAUAUAUCCUUAUAAGCAUGGAUUAAUUACGUUAAAUGAUUCGCAAAAUCCAAUUUCAAACAUCUCAGAAGCCGUUCAAGUGACAAAAUUCUUCAACUCCAUUCCAUUAUUGAUUUUCUCCUUUGUUACUUGGCAUUACGUCGCAACAUGCAUCAGCGGAAUAGCGAUAUUUACGCUCGAACGUGCGGUAGCAUCAUUCCUGUUCAGUGACUACGAGAAAUUGCCACGUCGCUACAUUUCAUUCGGCCUUUUAUCUUUCUCACAAUUCGUCGUUUUCGAGUUCACGUUUUGCCUAUUUUUCUACAUUUUGAAUUUCUCGAAUGCCAUCAAAUGCGCUUUGGUGUUCGUCGGCUCAGCGGUCAUACUUUUCAUAUUUCUCCUUUAUUACAACAUCAAUUUGCGUAACAAAUUGGAUCUCAAAUAUGUGACUACAGCGUACUCAUUGGCGUCGAGAUUUCAAGCGGCGGAAAAUGCUCGCUCAUUGAAGCUCGCUGUCCGCGUCAUGAUCGUCAUCACUGUUCUCGCGAUUAUUGCGUUCACCGUGACGUGCGCGUUCAAAAUUCAACUCCUUCAUCCCGACUUUAAUAUGGCGCUUAUUAAUAUUUUCGAAGGAGUUUUCUUAUUCAAUCCGCUUUUCGUAGCUCCCGCAGCGAUAAUAUCCGUCAAAGAAUGGAAGGAAGCCUUCUAUCAGAAAAUCCCAUUUUUGCGUAAUCGCAUUAAACCGGCGAACAAGGCAACUCAGCGGCGACUAUCGAUCGAAACCGAUUUGUAUUUUGUGCAGCUCAGAGAUUCUUGGAGCUAA